GCCCAUUCGCUCGCAGGUCCGCGGGCGCCCCCGCCUACUCGCGCAUUCCUCGGCUCGGGCCAGGCUGAGGCGCUGCUGUCCGAGCGGGGGGAGCCGAGACGUGGCUCCCGGGCGGAGGAGCCAUGCUGGACUUCGCGAUCUUCGCCGUUACCUUCCUGCUGGCGUUGGUGGGAGCGGUGCUCUACCUCUACCCGGCUUCCAGACAAGCUGCAGGAAUUCCGGGUAUUACUCCAACAGAAGAAAAAGAUGGUAAUGUUCCAGAUAUUGUGAACAGUGGAAGUUUGCACGAGUUCCUGGUUAAUUUGCAUGAGAGAUAUGGGCCUGUGGUCUCUUUCUGGUUUGGCAGGCGCCUUGUGGUUAGUUUGGGCACUGUUGAUGUCCUGAAACAGCAUAUCAACCCUAAUAAGACAUCGGACCCUUUUGAAACCAUGCUAAAGUCAUUAUUAAGGUAUCAGUCUGGUUGUGGGAACGUGAGUGAAAACCACAGGAGGAAAAAAUUGUAUGAAAAUGGUGUGACUAAUUCCCUGCAGAGUAAUUUUGCUCUCCUGCUAAAGCUCUCAGAAGAAUUAUUAGGUAAAUGGCUCUCCUACCCAGAGUCCCAGCAUGUACCCCUCUGCCAGCACAUGCUUGGUUUUGCUAUGAAGUCUGUUACGCAGUUGGUAAUGGGCAGUACGUUUGAAGAUGAACAAGAAGUCAUUCGCUUCCAGAAGAAUCAUGGCACAGUUUGGUCUGAGAUUGGAAAAGGCUUUCUAGAUGGAUCACUUGAUAAAAGUAUAACUCGGAAGAAACAGUAUGAAGAUGCCCUUAUGCAACUGGAAUCUAUUUUAAAGAAAAUUAUAAAAGAACGAAAAGGAAGGAACUUCAGUGAACGUAUUUUCAUUGACUCCUUAGUACAGGGGAAUCUUAAUGACCAACAGAUCCUAGAAGACAGUAUGAUAUUUUCUCUGGCCAGUUGCAUAAUAACUGCUAAAUUGUGCACCUGGGCAAUCUGUUUUUUAACCACCUGUGAAGAAGUUCAGAAAAAACUGUAUGAAGAGAUAGACCAAGUUUUUGGAAAGGGUCCUAUUACUCCAGAGAAAAUUGAAGAGCUCAGAUAUUGUCGGCAAGUGCUUUGUGAAACUGUUCGGACUGCAAAACUGACCCCAGUUUCUGCCCGGCUUCAAGAUAUUGAAGGAAAGAUUGACAAAUUUAUUAUUCCUAGGGAGACCCUUGUCCUUUAUGCCCUUGGAGUGGUACUUCAGGAUCCCAGUACUUGGCCAUCACCAUACAAGUUUGAUCCACAGCGAUUUGAUGAUGAAUCGGUAAUGAAAACCUUCUCCUUGCUCGGGUUCUCAGGCACACAGGAGUGCCCAGAGUUGAGGUUUGCGUAUAUGGUGGCCACAGUACUUUUGAGUGUACUGGUGAGGAGGCUGCACCUACUCCCUGUGGAGGGACAAGUUGUUGAAACAAAGUAUGAACUGGUGACAUCAUCCAAGGAAGAAGCUUGGAUCACUGUCUCAAAGAGAUAUUGAAGUUUUACACAUAUAACUUUGUUGAGAAAAAUGACCAUUUAGAAAAUCUGUAUUGAAUCCUUUUAUAAACCAAGUAUCGUUGUGUAAUAUAAAUGAGUACUUCAUCAUGCAAAUUUGGAUUUUUGUAUAUCAGAUUGUCUUAAUGCAUGAUAUGCAUUUAUACUUAUUGCAUCAAUACAGUGAUAAUUUUAAUGGGAGGCCUUCUACUUUUAAUUUUUAUUUUAUCACAUUCUAUGCCAUUAUUUUCAUAUGCUUAGCCUUAGUUUGAUCUCUAAAACUAAUAUUCUUGAAGAGAAAUUAUUUAGCACAAUAAUGUUUUCUGAAUAUGCCUAAAAGAGAAAAGUAAUCCUAACUCCUUUUCAUACUUCCAGUAAAUCACCUUAAAGAGGAAAAAUUUAAGGUUUUCCAUAAUUUUAUUUUUUGGAUUCAUAUUUUUAUUUUGUAAGUAUAAAUUAGUUUAUGUUUAAUCAUUGUUAUUAGAUUUGAAUAAUCAUAGAAUAACCUACCUUGUUAUUUGCUAUUAUUAUGCCUUCCCAGACAAACAGUGUUCAUUUCAUAACUGAUACAAGGCUCAUCAUUUUGAACAGUUCUGAAUCAUUUGGAAAACAAUAUAGUUCUUUUUGAAUGUGUUCUGAGUGUUCCUCUAAGUAGCAAACUACGAUUGAGGUUUGCUUGUCCUUUUUCAGUGGAAAUCUUAUAAGCACUGUAUUAUUCCACUAAUUCUCAUCUGUGGAAAAAACAAUUCCUUAAUUUGUUUUUUAUUAUUAUGUCAUAUUCUAAACAUAAUGAACUUAAAAUUAAGAAAUGAGAGCUUAUUAAAUCAAAACCAAAAAAAAAAGAUGGGUGAAAAUAUUUGCAAAAUACGUGACAGGGAUAAUAUUGAUAUUACAUAUAAAGAGCUCAUACAGCUUGGUAAGAAAACAUACAGUAGAUUAAUGGACAAAAGACAUGUAUAAACAGCUUUCACGGGGGGGAAACAGCUAAUGAACUUUAGAAAAAUGCUCAUUCUCACUAGUAAGCCAAGAAAUAUUGGGGUUAUUUCAAAAAUAUGUUAAGUAUCUUUCAAGAUUUACAUUUUAGUACUGACAAGUUUUGUAUUUAAUACUUUUUAUUAACAGCAUUGUAUUUUAGUUCGCUUUUUUUGGUUACACUGUUCUUGAAGAAUUCUUUUUUUUAAAUACAUUUUUUUAAAGAUAACACUGAAGGAAACAAGCCAAGUGCUGAUAGAAAAGAAAGGAAGAAUAAUGAUAAAUGUUUGCAAGUGGGCUUAUGUUUGACACUGCUGAAUUCUACUUGUAAUUUUAGUUUCGAGAAUGUUCCCUAGUUAUUAACUGAGUUAUUUUGUGCUGUGUUUAUGGUUAUACAGCUGACAUUUUAGACCUAGUCAUGAGUGGUUAAACAUGGAAUCUAAGUAAUCAUAUGCAGCCUUUAUUUCUGACAAAAAUGUUUAAUUUAUGGAAUAAUUUAAAUUCUAAAACUUAAAGUGAAAUGUAUUCAUAGUUCAUAGCAUCAUGUUGUUUCUAAAAAGGCAUGUUGUUAAAUUUAUUCCUUUCGCCUAUUAUUUUCUAUGCUUUUCUGCAUAUAGAGCACCUUCCUUUUGUUAUCCAAGUACCUUCAUUGAUUUGGAAACUGGCAGUGGGAGGUUAGAGUAGGCAAUUGAUGUGUAAACCAAGUGUCAGUAAAAUCAGAUGAGGUAAGUGGAAUUUUAAAGCAAGUGAGACCUGAUCAGCAGCAAUGAUCAGGGCGAAAACAGGGAAGCUGAGCCAGAGAGUCAGGGCAUUGGCAUAUUGCCAAUGAAUGAGGCACUGUAUAAUUACUAAUAAUGAUUGGAAUCGAAGAAAAUAGAGGAGAAUAGAAUCAGCUAAAUAAGCACAUUUUACCCAGAGUUAAUGACUAACCUAAAACAUUAAAAGUAAGUCAUCUUCUGGAGAAUUUUUAAAAAAUAAAAAUACUGUUAAUCAUGUAUAAAAUAAGUUAUCCAUUCUGUGUUAUUUUCUUUUGCCAAAUGACCUACAUUUUAGUAGCUUCAGUAUCACUGGUGACUUGUACAUAGCAUGGCUCUUAAGUUUUAUAGCUUUCUGGCUUUUUAAAAACUAUUUUUUCACUGAUUUUGAUUUGCAUUAUUUUUUAUAAUUUAGAGGUUUAUUGUUAAAAAACAUCAACAUAACACAUUUUUUGUGUGUAAUGAAAACAGGGCUCUUCCAUGUUUUGGGCUCAUAAAAUUCAAAGCAGAAUUAAUUCUGUGCGUGUGGGGAAAAACAAAAAACUCAUAUGCUGGCCAACAAAUGUGCAGUUUCAUUUUAUUAUAUAAAUAGAUUCUAUCUUAUUUGUAGGCCUGAUAUCAAAAUUUAUUUAUUUGUUUUCUUUAUAUUAAAAGUUUAUAUUUUAAACACAAAAUGUUUUAUUUUUAUUAGAAUAAUUAUAUAGGUUUAUUGUAGGAAAAUCUAGGAAAUACAGAAGCACAAAAAUAGCAAAUUCCAUCACCUGUACUCCCACUACUUGAACUUAACCAGUGUUAAACUUCUGAGGUAGAGACUCCUACUCUCUUUUCUUAUUCCACAUAUAAUUUUUACUGACAUUAUACAUAAUAUUCUCUUCAUUUAAUGUAUUAUGAAGCAGUAGUGUUUUCUACAGCUGGAACAUUAGUAUUCAUCUCACUCAGUGUAAGCACAGACUUUUGUCAUUCUUUUUCUCUUCCUCUUUCGCUUCUCAGAUACUGUUAUUCUUCUCAACUUUAAAAAUGGCCUUCCUUCUCCACCCAUUCUAUCAAAACAGUUAUGUAUUUGUACACCCAGGUUCCUAAAGUCGUAGCACAAUCUAGGUGUUACAGUGAGCAUUUAAGAAAUGAAAUUACUCUUAUCGUAAUAAAAGUCUUCAAUAUAAUUACGUUCAAAUUGGGAUGGCAUUUCCACUUCUAAAAGGAAAUUUUAAGAAUCCAUGUUGUUUUUGAACUCCGGGGCAAACACAUAAAGAUUCUUCCCUGAAGACAUCUUUAUUCUUUUUCCUCCAGAUCCACAAAAAGUACUAUUAACCUUUAUAAAAUGUACUUUUUUUCACAUGUGGUUAUGUUGACAGAUUGAAAACCGGUUCAAAAACAUACUUCUACUGAAUGUGUAAAAGUGAGGACAUGACCAGUAGAAUUAAGGAGUCGUUUAGUAGCUGUGAGAAAACAGCUGUGAGUGAAAUGGACACUUUUCAAGGGCGGGUUUUUAUAAUGUCAACAAAUUGAUGCUAGUGACCUUACUAUUUUUUAUUUUUUUCCUUAGCCAGUCCUAUGCCUGUUAGCCUAAGUUCCUAAGACUGAUGAUUAAGGUAGAAGGGGAGGAGUUGUGGGGAGGGAGGCUAUGACAACAAAGAGUUACUGUUACUGCAGAAGUCAGAGGAAAUCGCAGGCAAAAAAGGCUCAAUACAAUGUUGCUUUGAGCAUGGUGAGUGACCUGCUCCGAUCAAAAAAAGGACUGAGAUUGAAACUUGCUGAAAGUAGAACAAGGGACUGGAACAAGCAUUUGUUACAAACCAAAUACUUUAUAUACCCAUCUCCUUUAGUCCUUAGAACGUAACAGUAGGUACAGGUAGGACUAACUAAAAUAGUUUUUAAUUCCUGCUAGAAGAAAUACUGUGAGUGAAGAUAGCAAAUACUAGCUAGGAAACAGUAAGUAAAAGAUCUAAACCUCAAAUUAUCUUAAUAUCUUCAGUGGGGUUUAAUGGUAUAUUUUAUUUUUAUUUAAGAGAAUCAAGCAAUAGUUUCAAAUGAUACACAGUUCAUAAUAGCUAAAGAAAAUGAUUAAAAGAGUAAUGUAACAAUAGUGUUAGAAGAAAUCUUAAAAAAGAAAACUAAUAAGCUGCCAUCAGCAGCCAUUUGCAUAACUUGAUUUUUUUUGUUGUUCCCACUUACAUGUAUUUUUACCUAUUGCAAUCACAACAAUAUGGUCUACCUUUCAUUUAAAGAAUUUUAAACAUUUUUCUUUGUUACUUCAUUUUCGUAAGGUCUUCUUUUGGGGGGUUAGACUUUUAAAAUAUAAGUCAAUUUCAUGUUUGAUUUAUAGAACUUUAUGAUGCUGAGUGAAUGGAUAAUUCUUAAAUUUGAACUGGGAGCCAUUUUGUAAAAUAUCCAGGUAAUAAACAAAAAGGCAGGAAAUGACAUUUCUUCUUCUAGUCUGCUUCCCAUUUUAUCAGUUCAUAGUUUGGUGGCUGUCUUUCUACGGAUUGGGAAUGAAUAUUGUUACAACACAGAUAAAAUGCCAGGAGCAAUAAGUCACAAAUAAUCCUGUUUGGUAAUUUAAAAUUUUUUAUUUACAUCUAAAAUACUGGAAAAUUCUUGUUUUAAUUUUUAACAAGUGAUGGUAGAGAAUGAAACUGUGUCACCCCACCAGUAUAACUGUAUCGUAGAUAAAGUUGUAAAGUGCCUGUCUCCAAAAAGACAAUCAGUAAACAUUUUUUAAUAAAUGAAAGAAAUCUUCAUUGAGGUUUUCUGUGCAUAUAGAAUGAAAUAAAGGAAAUUACUGAAGUUACUUAAUAGUUGAAAAAGAUUCCCAGAGAACCAAACUAUUGCUAAUGCCAAUAGCACUUUGUGAUAUGCUAAGUACCCCAUUACUGGAAAUAUUUAAGAUGUUGUGUGGACAUCUUUCAGUGAUGCCUCUAUUAGGUGUGAGCAUAGGUUUAGAAUAGGCUAUAGUUCUAUAAAACAUCAACCAAAAUAGUUGGUAAGCAAGUACUCCUUUGUUCCUUCUGUAUCUUAUCACUAGACCAUCAUUGAAUCAGGGAAUGUUUAAGGAUCAGCAUUUAUUAGGUUAGCAAGAAUGUUAUUUCCUUAAGUGUCUCAUGGAACACUAUCCUGUGAGACACUCUGAGGAAAAGUUUCCUUGAUCAUACUCGUUCUGAGGUUCUCUAUACAUGUUAUAUACAUUCUUUCUUAGAUACCUAUAAUGCAUAUUAGUACAUUAGAAGUACUGAGAAGUUCUACUGUGAGGAAACCUACUUUAACUUGGCUUAACACUGAAUGUUCCAAAUGUAUUUGAUGAAGGUGCCCCUUUUUCCAGUUUUUCCUAGUAUCUUGAAAAACAGUGUUUCAUGGGAAUGUAGUGUUCUGUAGAACAGAACCCAUUUUGUCCAAUAUGAUCUACAGACAAGUAGGAGGCUCAAGGAACAUGUGUUAGCUAGUUCUUUAACCUGUGCAUGGUCUAGAAAUUCUCUAGGCUAGUGAUGACCAUAUUCUGAGAACCAAACCACCAGAAUUUCGUAUUCUCUCACUCCCUUGCCUCCACCUCUUUUCCUUGUCAGAGCACAGCGCCCUCUUACCCUACUGACUCUCCUAUAUGCUUCUCCUGACUUCCAUUUCUAUCCAAAGAAACAGAGCCCAUUUAGUCAGGCAGAAGUGUUUUAUUGGUCACUUAAUGCAUGCCAGAUCUUAGGCAGGCACUGGGGAUAUAGCAGUGAGUGAAACAUAUGUGAUAUUUGCUGUGUUCUGUCUCUUCUGUGCUUCACCCCAGGAGAAAGAACCCCAAAGUCUCAUGCGUCAAAGAUUAACUUUCCAGCACUUCAGCUCGCUGGCUUUGGAAGCAACUCAGGGACACUUUAUGUUAGUGGCUGGAAGGGACAAAGGAAAGAACUUGUAGAUGACUACAUGACAAGGAACAGAAGGCCUCAGUUGCAGCUUGUAGUUACAGGGGGAAGCAGCACAAGGUACCGUUAGUGUCAAACCAUUAUUUUUGUUAUUUUUAGUUUAUGAUCAAGAGAAUUAAACUAGGUACCUUAUUAAGAAAAACUGUCAGCAUUGAUGCUGAAUACUGGAGAUCAUUCAGAGUGAGAAGAAACAAAGCUAAGAGAAUUGGUUUGACUAGGUUAAAGAGCAGUUAUUUAUUUAAAGUCAUUUGUAUGAAUUGUUGUUCAAUUAGGUGUGUUCAUUUUUCAUGAUUUGUUGCUUGUGUUGCAAGGUCAUUGGCUAAGAGAUAAUUGAUUUUUGGAGCUUAAAAGGACCUUGCAGAGAUUAUAUGUCAUAGCCCGCUCACAAUUUAAAAUGUAGAGGGAGAAGCCUAGGGCCUCUAGGAGUUGAAGAAUGUUACUGGGCUUUUCCGUUGGAUUUUUCUCGUAGCCUUCUGAAGAUGUGUGCUUAAGUCAAUGCUGCUAUUAUAUUCGUAGGAUUUUAUUAAGCUUUCAAGGAGGUGCAGAUUCAGAAGGAAUUGGAAUUUUUU